CCAAAACACAAGUUUGCAACUAGUGUUUGUGCAUCCAAAGAAGAAAAGUUGCAGUUGACUCUAGACGUCGAAAGGCUGAUCUGAACUUGACACGAUCAGAAGAAUCUUUACCUUGUCCGAAAGCUGCUUCAAAUUGUUUCAUCUCUAUACGAAUCCUGAGACUUACAAAUCUUCUCUUGUUUGCUCUUCUUUUGUUUCUUACGUCUGAACAAGAAAAUUUGGAACUUUAGGAUUUGAUUGAUAUAAGAGAUCCUAAGAUGGCAAAUGAUGCGGCUGCAUGGGCAGAAAGGGCUACAGAUAAUAUGUAUAACGGUCCAGACUGGGAUAGUAAUAUUGAACUCUGUGAUAUUAUCAACAUGGAUCCUAGCCAAGCAAAUGAAGCAGUGAAUGUGCUCAAGAAGAAGUUAGGAAGCGAAAACCCUAAAGUCCAGAUUCUUUCACUUCAUGCAUUGGAGUCUUUAAGUAAGAACUGUGGCGAGAACGUGUACCAGCUCAUCGUUGACUGUACUAUUUUGAUUGACAUGGUCGAAAUAGUGAAGGAAGAGCCUGACCUAAACGUAAAGGAGAAGAUACUAAGUUUGCUAGACAUAUGGCAAGAAGCUUUUGGUGGACGUGAUGGUCAAUACCCACAAUACUACACUGCGUAUAGUGAACUAAAGUCUGCUGGAAUUGAGUUUCCACCUCGAAGCGAAAGUAGUCCACAGUUGUUUACUCCACCUCAGACUCAACACGUUGCAUCAGAUGAAGAUGCUGCUAUUCAGGCGGUGCUGCUAGGAGAUGAUGUUUCUAGCCUCAGCGUGGAAGAGAUUCUAAGUGCUGAGGGAUUAGUUGAUGUUUUGAUGGACAUGCUUGGAGCACUUGAUCCCGGUAAUGCCGAGGCUUCGAAAGAAGGACUCGUAGUUGACUUAGUGGAGGAGUGUCGUACUUAUCAAAGACGUGUAAUGACUCUUGUGAACACUACAGCAGACGAGGAAAUACUGUGCCAGGGAUUAGCGUUGAACGAUAACUUGCAGCUUGUUCUUCAGCAUUACUGUGAUAUGGGCUCUGUUCCUUCAAAUGGAAGCAGCAUGACAACAACUCCUCCAUCUCAGCUAGUCAACAACAAUCAUGAUGAUGACAGUGACGAACCAGAUGAUGAUUUUGUUAAGCUAUCUCACAGGUCUAACAGAGAGUUGACCUCGAUGCUUCCUCCUCCACCACCACCUACAAUGAGACCAGUGCAUGAUACUGAUUCAAGUAUGGUGGAUGAUGUCUAUAAGCCUCAAGGCUCCUCACAAGGAGUAAAUCCUCCUCCUCAUGCUGCUUCGUCUUCUGCUUUGGAUUGAAGUAUUGUGUCUUUAAUUUGUAAUCCUUUAUAUACCUCAUUUUCACUUUUUCACUUCUUCAUAUACAAGUUCUUAUUUUGAG